AUGGUUGGAACCUCUGAUCCACCAACUUUUAUGUUCGGUGAUUCCUACAAAGAACAUCUCCUCGUUUCUUGCAAUGCAAAACCCGUUACAAACCAAUCUAAGAAGCAAUAUGGGAGUGUGAUUGUUUACUUUGACAUGGUGGAUCACAAGUUCAAGGAGAUGCCAUCACCAAAUUGUAUAAAUGAUGGAGAUAUGUUUGAUUUGACGGUUUUGAAGGGAUGCCUCAGUUUAUAUUUUAGUACCAGUGAUAUGAACUAUUUUGAGGCGUGGACUAUGGAGCAAUAUGGUGAGCAUCAUUCUUGGACCAAGUUAAUUGUCAUCCCACACUGGAUACGUGAGAGACAUAUAAGUUCUUUGAAGCUAUUGUGUGUUACCAAGAAAGGUAAAAUUGUGAUGAUACUUGAUGACAAAAAACUAUUCAUCUAUAAUCCUAAAAACAACACGUGCACUCGUCUUGGACAAACAGAGGUUGACGCUAGGCUACGGGCAGUUUCUAUUGUGGAUAGUUUGGUUUUUCCCAUUCCAACACCUCAAGGAAAAGGAAAGAGGAAAAAACCUACAAUUGUAAGGAAGUCCAUCAAAUAA